AUGGAGAGUAAGCCAAACGCGCCGCCGGAGUCCAAACUAUCUUCACACGGUACAGCAAAAUCCUUGCCGGAAGGAGCUCAGCAACGACAAUUAACAGCGAGCACCUCUCUGUUGCAAACGGGCACGACUUCAGGAAGUGCGAGCUCGGCACCUGGAAAACAAAUUACUCCAUCUUCUCAUCUAACUGCACAAGUAGUAGGGCUGCUACAAUCGAGUCAGACACGUCUACAAACACCAAGCAGUAGCAAUACCAACAGCAACGCAAAACCUAGCGGUAAGCAUCCCGCAAUGCUGUCAAAAGUCCAACCUGCGCGACAGCAGCCUCUACGAAUAGCCCCAAAGUAUGCCAAAAUACAACCAGCAAUAGCACCCAAACCAUCAAAUGUCGUACCGUUGGCAACAAAAUUCAAUCCCAUACCGAGUAGCAAGUUCCAACUACUGAUGAGGCCAUCAUUAACUCAGGAUUCCACCAAUCUAAAUACGUCAAAACAGUGGGUACUACCUCCUCGACCUAGACCGGGCAGAAAACGAACUGGCUCAGAUUGUGACAAAGUGUCGAAGGCUCAAACGAACGUAACAAAGAGGAAAAGUAAGCCGAAACUGGAACCGAAUGUCAGAGCAGUGACCGUGAAGGAGAACCUGGAAAAAGACACUGUUUGUGCAACUUCGACGACAGCAGGGACGAGUACGGCUCCAGUUGCUGUGAAGAAAACUGAUAGAGUGGGUAUGACGGCAAGCACUCUGAGCGAUAUCAACCAAAUAGAGAGGCCCAAGUUGCAAGAGCCGUCUCAGGUAGCUCACAAUUCCGUUAAAGGGGAUGAAACAGGAAAAGCUGCCAUUACUGCACCUUUAACAAAGCAAGUUGCUUAUCCCGUGGCCAACCCAAUUGUCAACAAAGCUAAUGGCGCCAAUACAGAUUCAGAGAUCAUGCCUGUACUGAAACAACAUGUCCCAUCUUUGUGUGCACCUCCGCCUCCACCUCCGCCUCCACCUCCACCUCCACCAGUAAAAUCAGAGGAUCCGGAGGUGCACAUGACAGAGUUGAAAAUGUCGUAUUUGUCGAAAUUAAAAGAGCAGGAGAUUAUUAGAAACUACGUGGAAGUGCUCACCAAUCAAAUCAAAGAGCUAAGCUUUGUCCAGAAUGGAGUCAUCACUUUUGACGCUUUGAAGUAUUCUUCGAAAGUUACUCCAAAUUCGCAGCGAAUAACCUCGACAUUGACAAAUUCCAAAUGCGAUCAGUUGGACUCGAUCAACAACUUGAAUGAUUUGAACAAAUUCUUGACCUAUCUCAGCAAGUCGUCAGAUAUCAUCAAGAGUGCCAAGAGACAAUCAAUUGAUCACACAAAAUGUCCUGACAAUUUACACCAACAAAUUGAUAACUACGUUCAAUUGAGGAAUCGGUUCAAGACAUUGCAUCAAGAAAAUGGGAAAACUAGUAACAAAAAGAAGAUGGGUAAACAGCGAGCCGAUUCAACCAAGAGCACAAAACAUACAGUGUCUCCAUCCGAGUCGGCGACCACCACAAAACAAACAAAUCAAAAGCCGCCAUUUACCCCAGAUUUGCUACGUCCUUUGAACGCUUCAAAUUUGUUUAACGACCCCAAUUUGGAUAUGAUGGAAAUGGACUUGCAAACAGAAACAAUUGAAGCAUCUCCAUCAACUGCGGAGAUAUUGGCAAAUGAAAAUGACAGGAUUAAAGUCUCUAGUGAUGGCUUAUCUAUGGAAAUUGAAGGUGCAAAGAUUGGUCCUGGCGGCGACACUGGGGGUGGUGGUUUUUUCCAUGUGGACGAACACGAUUUUUUGAGCAAAUUAGUACUUGAUGAUGCACCGCCAUCAGAGGAAACAGCCUUGGGCCAAGUUUUGAUACACGAACACAAUGGAGAAAAGUCCAAUGACGCAGCUGACAAUAUUCCAGCGUCUCAAGAUGGCGAAGAACCGAGAACGGAAGUUGUCAAAAGCACUAAUAUUUCCAAUGACAGAGUUGCAAAGAAGAAAAUGAAAUUUAAUUGUGGUUUCUGUACAAACGAUACACCGUGUCUUUGCCUUGAUUCAGAAUUGGAAAUCAGCAGGUUGAAUUGA